AGUCCCCGCUGGGCGCCCUGCUCGGGGUCGGGGCUCGCGGGGGUUCCCAGGUGGGCCUAGCCGAGGAUCUGGGGCGCCGGGGACUCGCGUGUCAGCGGCGGCAGCGCCGCGGAGGGCCGGCCUGCUCCUCCCCUUCCUCCUCCCCGCGCCCUCCCCCUUCCCUCCGCCGCGCGCGGCCGGGCCGCCUCCCACCCGCGGGAGCCGCGCGUCCGUCCGUCCGUCCGUGCGUCCGUCUGUCGGUCGGCCGGCCGGCGGAGCGGCGUGUCGGCGCGCGGAGCCCGGCGCCCGGGCGCGCCUGGCCGGGGCGCGGAGGCGGGUGGGCCGCUGCCUCCCACCCGAGGGAGCCGGGGACGCGGCGACGCAGCCCGAGCGCCAGCGCAGCGCGAGGAGGCAGCGCCGAGGCCAGGCGGUCUCGAGCACGCGUGGGGUGGGGCGUGCCCGCGGGCCCCCGCCCCUCCCGGCGCCCCCGCCGGGCCCGGAGCCGCAGCCCGCGCCGGAGACCCCGGGGGUCCGCGCCGGCCCCCUCCCCCUGGCGUUCUGCAGCCCUCCAGGUCCUCCAGGACCCCCGUGGAAGCCGCCACCCCCCCCCGGGGGGCAGGGACGCCCCCUUGGGCAGGAGCCGUCGGGGGGUGGGGCGGGGCGGACGGGGCCGAGCCAGGGGCCCCGCGGGAAGCCGGCGCGGGGUCCGGAGCGCGGCGGGACGCGCAGGAGGUGGCGGCAGCCGCAGACCGCAGCAGGCCGGGCCGCCGGGGACAGGCCCGCGUGGACAGGCCCCGCGGCCGCCGCUGAGCCCGGCCCCGGCCCCGCCCGCCCCGGACGCCCGCCUGGCCCCAGCGGCGCCCGCGCGCGAGGCAUCUGCAGGGCCAGGCCCCGCGCGGGACCCUGCGCCCAGGACGCACCUGCCCGCCGCUCCCGGGCCCAGGAGCUGCUGGGCCGGCCCCGGGGGUCCUGGCCCCUGAGGCGGCCGCCACCAUGUCCCGGCCGGGCCAGGCCGUGAUGGUGCCGGGCAGCGGGCUGGGCUUCCCCCCGCAGAACGUGGCCCGCGUGGUGGUCUGGGAGUGGCUGAACGAGCACAGCCGCUGGCGGCCCUACACGGCCACCGUGUGCCACCACAUCGAGAACGUGCUCAAGGAGGACGCCCGCGGCUCCGUGGUCCUGGGCCAGGUGGACGCCCAGCUCGUGCCCUACAUCAUCGACCUGCAGUCCAUGCACCAGUUCCGCCAGGACACCGGCACCAUGAGGCCGGUGCGGCGGAACUUCUACGACCCGUCGUCGGCGCCCGGCAAGGGCAUCGUGUGGGAGUGGGAGAACGACGUGGGCGCGUGGACGGCCUACGACAUGGACAUCUGCAUCACCAUCCAGAACGCGUACGAGAAGCAGCACCCGUGGCUCGACCUCUCGUCGCUGGGCUUCUGCUACCUCAUCUACUUCAACAGCAUGUCCCAGAUGAACCGCCAGACGCGCCGGCGCCGCCGCCUGCGCCGCCGCCUGGACCUGGCCUACCCGCUCACCGUGGGCUCCAUCCCCAAGUCGCAGUCGUGGCCUGUGGGCGCCAGCUCGGGCCAGCCCUGCUCGUGCCAGCAGUGCCUGCUGGUCAACAGCACGCGCGCCGCCUCCAACGCCAUCCUGGCCUCGCAGCGUCGCAAGGUGCCCCCCGCGCCCCUGCCGCCGCCGCCGCCGCCGGGAGGACCGCCGGGCGCGCUCGCCGCCGUGCGCCCCAGCGCCACCUUCGCGGGUCCCGCGCUCUGGGCCGCGCCCGCCAGCGGCCCCGCCGAGCCCGCACCCACCCCGGGGGCGCCCCCGCGGAGCCCCAGCGCCCCCAGCGGCGCGCCCACCCCGGGCCAGAACAACCUCAACCGACCCGGGCCCCAGCGCACCAGCAGCGGCAACGCGCGCGCCUCAGUCCCGCCGGGGGUCCCUGCACUCCCGGUGAAGAACUUGAAUGGUACUGGGCCCGUCCACCCAGCCCUGGCAGGGAUGACUGGGAUCCUGCUCUGUGCUGCCGGCUUGCCCGUGUGCCUGACCCGGGCCCCCAAACCCAUCCUGCACCCGCCGCCCGUCAGCAAGAGCGACGUGAAGCCGGUGCCCGGGGUGCCCGGGGUGUGCCGCAAGACCAAGAAGAAGCACCUUAAGAAGAGUAAGAACCCCGAGGACGUGGUUCGCAGGUACACGCACAAGGUGAAGAACCCACCAGACGAGGACUGCACCAUCUGCAUGGAGCGGCUGGUCACUGCAUCGGGCUACGAGGGCGUGCUGCGGUACAAGGGCAUGCGGCCAGAGCUGGUGGGCCGCCUGGGCCGCUGCGGCCACAUGUACCACCUCCUGUGCCUCCUGGCCAUGUACUCCAAUGGCAACAAGCCCGCCCCGCCCCAGGAUGGCAGCCUGCAGUGCCCCACCUGCAAGGCCAUCUACGGGGAGAAGACGGGCACCCAGCCACCCGGGAAGAUGGCAUUCCACCUCAUCCCCCACUCGCUGCCCGGCUUCGCCGACACCCAGACCAUCCGCAUCGUCUACGACAUCCCCACGGGCAUCCAGGGCCCAGAGCACCCCAACCCAGGCAAGAAGUUCACGGCGAGAGGCUUCCCGCGGCACUGCUACCUGCCCAACAACGAGAAGGGCCGGAAGGUGCUGCGGCUGCUCAUCACCGCCUGGGAGCGCCGGCUCAUCUUCACCAUCGGCACGUCCAACACCACGGGCGAGUCGGAUACCGUCGUGUGGAACGAGAUCCACCACAAGACCGAGUUCGGCUCCAACCUCACGGGCCACGGCUACCCGGACGCCAGCUACCUGGACAACGUGCUGGCGGAGCUCACCGCGCAGGGAGUGUCCGAAGCUGCGGCCAAGGCCUGAGCUGCCCGGGGCUGCCCGCCCGCCCUCCUCUUUCGCCCCUGACCCGCGGAGCACACGCCUCCCUGCGCCAGGUGUGCCCUGGAGCCCAGGCUGUUUGCUGGAAGGAGCCUGCCGGGAGGCCAGCAGGGCCAGCGGCUCUGACCACGGCCCCGGAGAAGGCGGAGAGAGAGUGCCAGAUGCCCCCCUCUUCACAGUGCCCUGUUGAACACAUGCACGCACACCCACGUGCCUCUACUUACCCCCCAACUGGGGGAGCGACAGAAAGACCCCUUGAUGCCCGCGGAGGGUGCCCAUCCGCGUCGCUGUCGCAUCUCUAUGGGCUCGGCUUGUGGACAGCAGGAUUCAGGUCAAGCUUAGUGGAGGAACCCUGGGGAGGGGGCACUGUGACAUUCAGCCCCCCCCAGUCGCCACCAGCCACUGAUGGGCAGCUGUGGGCGCGUGGGGCCAGUGCCCAGACAAUCCCGCAGCUUUGCAGAGGGGUGGGCCAGGGAGAGGGACCCUGUUCCCUGCCACCCCCAUUCUCCUAUUUUGUGCUUGUCUCUUGCUCCUUGGGGGACCGGAUCUCCUCCCCCCGCCCCUCAUCCCAGGCCUUACGUCUGUCCCAGAUAAAGGCACCGCGCUGUGUUCCUCCCCGCCCGCCCCUCCCCCCACGUCGCCGUCGAUCCUGGCUCCAGGAGCCAGCCGGGGAUGCCCGGCUGAGGCCAGCAGGUUUAAAAGCGGACUGGACAGUGAAGAGUCCCUUUGCCUCUUCCUGGGAGCGGGCCGCGGGGUGGCUGCGGCCUUGGCCAACCAGGGGCCUGUUGCCCAGGCAACGCACCAGCUCCGCCUCUGUGGAUUGGCUGCUGCCGUGGCAAUCAGCCAAGAUUUAAAGGCACGGCCAGCGCCAGCGACCGCUCUUUUGAAAACCUACCAUUCCCACUGUGGGUGGAGAGUAAACGGCCUUUCUCCUCCUCA